AUGCUGCUCUCAUCCCUAAAGGACCUGGCCAAGUUGAAGAACGGCCGGACCUGGGUCUUCACAACCAGUCGUCCGCACGCCCAGGACAUCCACCGGGAAUUUGACGACCCUUCUAUCAUAACCCGAGUUGAUAUUAGCGCCAGAGAGGCAGAUGUUGCGAUGUUCGUCAAACAGCAACUGGAAAACGAUGACGACCUUCUAGAGUUAAUCGCCGCUGAUGGAGAACCUGGUUACGGGCCAAGCCUUCUCGAUAGAAUCAUUUGCUCAACCGCGCGACAAGCGUCAGGGAUGUUUCUAUUGGCAGCCUUACAGGUGGAACAUAUCCGGGCCUCUGCCAGCAUCAGGGAUGUUAACGAUGCCCUCACGAGCAUGCCAACAGGUCUCUCGGACAUGCCCUUAACUGUCGACGAGCUUGGACAUGCUCUUGUGGCGGAAGAAGCAGGCGAAGCAACUCCACUGCCACGGCAGCUGGACGCGACUGCUCUGGUUAAGGACAAGUUCAUAGUCAACGUGUGCGCCGGUCUUGUUGCAGUUGAGCCCAUGAGCAAGCGAGUGCGCUUGGUUCACGCUACCGCCAUGGAAUACCUGGACCAGCUGGGGGAUCGUCAUUUUGCCCUCGCCGAGGAAAGAAUUACUCGAGCUUGUUUGGCGUACCUCUCGUUUGAUGAAUUCGCCAACGGGCCUAGCCCGUCUGACGACAGCAUGGAGCGCAGGCUAGAGAACUUCCCUUUCCUGCAAUACGCGGCCAAGUGGUGGGGCUGGCAUUUGCAAAAGACGCGAAGCUUGCAUCUCCAGGAAAUGGCCUUGAUGCUCCUCAAAAACCAUAGAAGCAGCAUAUCCAUUAGCCAGGCUUCCCACCUUCCAAGCUUCAGGUUCCACAAUUACAGCCAGCUUUAUCCCAAGAACGUCAACGCGUUGCACGUUGCCGCCCAGUUCGGCUUGGACGAAUUCGCCAAGUCGGUUCUUGCAGACGGCAACGCCGACCUCGACUCGGAAGACAGCUUCGGAUGA